GUGGAGGUGAAAGCAGGAGCAUACUCCGUACACCGAGGAUUUCCAGGCAGCAGACAGUCUACGGCCCGGGACAGAGGGACCAGGACCAGCCUCGGGAAGGAGAGCUUGUCGUGGACCCUCUUCCUCUUCCUUAUUAAUACGUGCGAGUCAACGCAUUUUCGAGUGUUUUCGUGGCCUUGACGGCUCACGAGAUUUUCACACCCUUCGCGAAGGAUACGGGAAGACGUUCCUUUUUUUUUUCGAUCGCGAUUUCGCGCGAUCGACCGCGGGACCUUGCUAAUUCCAGUGCCGGAGUUUCGAUAACCGAUUCCACUUGUGUGAACGUGGACGUUUGCCGGCCGUGUAUAUCCGUGAGGGUUCAACAGUCAGUGGUAAAGGUGAGAAGAGCACGAAACGGAAGAAGUGGAGAUGAGAGCAGUCGUUCGGCCGGGGACUGCUCGGAGCACGUGCCUCGCACGCAGAAGGCGCUCCGAGCGGCAUCAGGUGCGCUAAUCGGGGACCGAUCUACGAAACAAAGUGAGACGAAUAAUAGAACGUUGCUCUACGAAUCGCUCGUGCGAAUCGCCGUACUCUUUUAAGCCUAGCGUCGUCUUGCUCGGACCGGGUUGUUCGUUUUUCGGGACUACUGAUCAGCAGGAAUGACAGGACGUGUCGUUAACGUGUCAAGAACGAUCUCGAUGAUCGCUUUGCUGACGUUUCUUUUGAUGUUUGUCGGGAUCGACGGUAUGGGACAGGCGAGUAGACACAAUGCUGACCACGCGAUGUUUCAUCAAGAAGUCUCGAAACAAGCGGGUGUCAGUAGCCGACACAAUCCACAGGAUACUAACUAUCCAAGCGUCACCACAGGACCAGUAUUCGUCGCUCCAGUUGGAAACCAAACAGCAGCUAUUGGCCGUGAAGUCGUUUUUUCCUGCAGCGUACGCAACAUAGGGAAGUACAAGGUUGGCUGGCUACGUGCCUCGGACCAGACGAUUCUCUCGGUCAACACGAGGACGGUAACGCAUAAUGCACGUAUCACGGUCUCGUACGAGACCGGCGGAAGUUCCGGGUCCGGCGCAGUAUCCGGUAACGCCUUUGGGGUGACAGGAAGUAGCCAAGCCACGGAGGAAGUCGUCAACGGCACGUGGCGGCUUCAUAUUCGUCAACUGAAGGAGACGGAUAGGGAUUGUUACAUGUGCCAGAUUAACACCAGCCCGAUGAUAUCCCAGCUCGGAUGUUUAGAUAUUCUAGUGCCACCAGAUAUCGUUUAUGGGGACGAUACCAGCGCCGACUUCGCAGUUUCGGAGGGUGACAACGCGACUCUAAGCUGCCGUGCGACGGGAAGACCGACCCCGAGAGUGUCCUGGAAAAGGGAAGACGGAGAACCCAUUCUUAUAAGGGCCUCUUCAGUCGGUGGCAGCACUUUCGAGAGGCACGAGACCUACAACGGUUCCCUGCUGCAAUUCCAUCGUGUCGAGAGGCGACAAAUGGGGGUGUAUCUCUGCAUCGCCAGCAACGACGUGCCGCCCGCCGUUAGCAAGCGAGUGACACUCGCCGUGAAUUUUGUACCUGUCGUCAAAGCACCUAAUCAGCUUUUGGGAGCACCUUUGGCUACAAACGUGCAAUUGGAAUGCUACGUCGAGGCAUAUCCAAAUACAAUAAAUUACUGGAUGAAGAACCGGCAGGGGUCAGGGGACGAAAUGUUGAUCGAGGGACACAAGUACAGCGUACGAGAAGAACGAUCUGGAUACACAGUUUUGAUGUCGCUAUUAAUCAAAGACUUCACUGGGGAGGACGUGGGCAGCUACAGAUGCGUGUCGACGAACAGUCUUGGCAAGGCCGAUGGCAUUUUAAGGCUAUACGAAAUUAAAAUGGGCUUUGAUAGGACGUCACGUGGGAAAGAUCAUGUAUCAAUUAUCGGUGGUUUAGCCGAAGCUGCACAAAGCUCAGGCGCUAAUAGCGGCAGCAGAAGGUUCUUCGGAUAUAGCAACAAAUUAUCACAUCUCUUGUCCACAUUUCUUUUUAUACCGGUAUUCCUGUGGCCACGGUGAAGAAGGCAUCCGUUGCUGGUACUGUUAAACCGAGUGCUGGAUAACUUUGUGCCAAAGGACAAGAAAAAUGCAUGAAUGCUUGUGUAUGUAUGCGUGCGUGUGGUCUCAAACAACUCAGAAGUUGUCUCAGUGUGUGCAAAAUUAUAAAAACAUGUGCGCAAGAGAAAAAGAGCGUUCUCUCUGAAAAGGAGAAUAAGUAAUGCAUUGGAUGUACGUGUGCAUGAAGAAAAGCAGCGAAUUAAUGAAAAAAAAAAGAAAGAAAUAAAUAAAUUGGAGGCUCGCGUUCUCUACAUCUUCCUACUACCCUUUCCUAUUCCCGAGUGUUAAAAACGUUUUUAGAACAAUAAAUGUUGUCAAUGUAUGCGUCCAGUUAGAUUCGCAAUCCGUGUCGUUGGAACACCUAUGACGGAUCGGCGGGUUUUUGAAAAGACGCGCCGCAUGACGAAAUGACAAGAAACGUGCAAGCAGCUUGGCCCUUCCUAAUGAUGCUUAACAAGUCGUCAAUAAUAUUCAUAAGUUACAAUCAUUUUGUCAUUGGUAUCUGCAUUACAGGCGUUAGACAGGGAACUCGGUGUUUCGAAAUAAAACUAUGAGAUCAAACGUUGUACACUACCAGCCGCUAAUAAUUAAUACGCCCUUCUUUUCUAUUCCUUCUUGUACGUUGAAACCACUGAAUAUUAACCUUCGCAAUCCUAGCGGUUCUAAUGACCGCUCGAACGACAAAAAUUGCGUCCACUCGGACCUCCAUAUUGUAAAUUAUACAUAUUUACAUAAUAUAAUACAUAUUGUUUGAUUUAAAAUAUUUCAUAUUUCGCACUGACUUAUUUCAGAAAUAAGAAAAUCCUACUUGUUUAUCUUAAUCAUAAGAAUCUUUUUGUUAAAGUAAUGCGUAACGUCUCACAUGCGAAUUUUAUGACAGUUACAUUCAAUUGGAUUCAAAUCGACACACACGCAUCGUUCUGCGAAGAUUAAUGUUUUGGGCUAAAUAAAAUAUUUAUGAUAUAAAAUUCGUAAGUUUUUAACUAAUUUAGAUUAUUCGCCUAAUACUAUAAAUGGUAAAGUUAUCAAAAAAUAACUUCUUUAACAAUUUGACUGAUAUUUGGAUACGCUAUAAAAAUCAACGUCUUGAACAAUUUUUUUCUGUAAGGGGAAUUUCUCUAAUGCCGGGCACUAACGUUUACUAUAAUACUAGUAGCUUAAUGGAAAAAUUCUGACUUAAGUAAGAUUGGAAAGAAUGAAAUAAAAAAUUUUCUAGCUAUAGAGAAUAUUAACUCAUUUUUUUAAUGAGGGCAUCCGAGAAAAAGGUUCUUUAUCGUAAACAAUGAAAACGCAUUGAAUCACAUCAUUUGAAAAAUUG